UUUAUAUAUUUUUAGAAAGAUAUAGGAUUCUUUCUAUUGAAAGAUAUUUUCGUAGUAUUUCCGUUAGAUUUCAAACUAAUAUAACGUUUGUUUCCGCGACUGCGGGAUAUUUACAAGUAUUAGAGGAUGUUAACAUUAUACCAUCAUAACCUUUCGAAUACACUAGGAACAGGAGGACUGCUUUUAUUACUGCAUGUAAAUGUGUGUGUUCCAUGUAAGGAUACAUUAUCGUUUUAUAACUCUGUGCUAAACCAACAACAGUGUGUCCCUGACGCUCAAUUAUGAGGGUGGAAUCGACAUGUGAAUGAAUACAAUGCCAUAUCCUUUCAGCGUUUUAUUAGGAACUGUAAUGUGUGAUUAAACAUGGAAAAUACAACGUACGUGUUUAACAUCUCUUCAGAAGCGGUCACUGAUGUAACUGUUACCGGCGAGACGUAUCUAAGGACAAGUGUAACACAGAAUGACAUAACAACCGUUGAUCAAACUAUAACAACUACCAAUGAGUGGUUGAGUACCGGUUCUAAAUUGUCUGGCAUUACAGGCAGUUCUCAACCAACGAAGAACCUCACGAACUGGUUAGGUUUUACCACACAACGUGACCACUACAAUGAACAUGAUAUUCAUCCUUUUGACUAUGGGGAUAACUACAUAUAUGCUGCUUAUACAUUUGAAAAACCAUUCUAUUUGUAUGUUUGGGAAUUCUUGGUUAUACUUACAUUCCUCGUCAACCUCGUUGUGAUAUCAGUUCUGCUGCGCAGAAAGGUGCGCAAUGCUACAAAUAUAGUCCUUGCCGCCAUUGCAAUUUCAGACUCGCUUACCGGACUCGUGACUCUGCCGUCUUAUAUCAUGGUCUACUUGAAGUAUGUUCCACCAUAUGGUGACUACGAUUACAGCACAAGUUAUACCAGCAGUGAACAAUCUACUACGAGUCAAUAUGAAAGUGGAGGAUAUACUAGUUACUAUUUUUAUGAUGAUGACUACGAUUACAGCACAAAUUAUACCAGCAGUGAACAAUCUUCUACGACCCAAUAUGAAAGUGGAGGAAAUACUAGUUACUUUUUUUAUAAUGAUACCCAGACGCCGGAACCAGUGGGCGCAUGUGAACUAACGAAAGACCUUUGCAAUGGUUACAUGAUUUCAAAGUACUUUUUGUCCAAGUCGUUCCAUUCAAUGUCGAUAUUUCUCACUUUAUUUCUUGCUAUUCAGCGAUAUAUAUCAAUAAGAUACCCAUAUCGGUCACAACUUCUGUUGAAUUUACCAAAAACCAUAAUUUGCUGUGUGGCUGUUGUACUUAUUUCCCCACUUUUACAUGUGUAUCAUCUUCUCGGAGAAAGAGCAUUUGAUGGCAAGUGUCAAUGGGAACUGACGGAGAAAGGCUGCGAAGGCGGAUGCGUGUAUUUAUUCAUUACAUUUUUCAUACGUCAUUUGAUACCCUGUGUCGUGCUUGUAAUACUUACUACACUUUUCAUUCUUCAAUUGAGAUCAGGGGAGAGAAAUCUGUGCCGAAUGGAUAGUAGCAAAUCACAAAUUUCGAGACGGAAGGAAGAAAAUCGACGUAUUUCUAUCAUUGUUACAGCAGUGGUUUUAGUUUUUCUGAUACCGGAAAUACCGUAUGGAAUAUUGCUUUUGUACAAUGCUAUAGACAAGGCAACCAAUCAAGGCCAAGGCAUGAAUUUAGAAACAAACAGAGCUCUUCAUUUAGUUUAUGAACUUCUUCUGGUCCUGUCUUUCCACGCCAACUUUUAUGUCUACACCUUUUUCAACAGAAGAUUCCGGAAAACACUUUUCAGGACCUAUCUCAAUCCUGUUAGGCGAUUCCUCGGUGAUACAGAUAGACUGUCGGUUUCCACAACCUCGUCAGUUUCACGCAGGACUUCAAACAGGAAGACAGAUACCGGAAGCGCUAUAACGAAGAUUGAAAUGCAUUCUAUGAUUAAAACUUCACCACCAGGCCAACCAGAAAUACAAACUAAUUCAGCUGCUUCAAGCUUAGUUGAGAAAGAUCUAACUGUUUUUGAAGGUGACUGCAAUUUGUGAUGAAAAUUCGAAGAAAAUUAGCCGCCUCUAAUGGACGCGGUAGAUUUUCGCUAUGCAUUGUACAAUACAUAGCAACAUCUGUUGUGGAAGCCCCGAUAUUUAAAGCGAAAGAUAAUGUAACAGUUUCAGUUCUUUAACUGUUUAUUGCAUGGACAACAUUUAAUUAAAAAGCAUUGAUAACUAA